GCGGCCGUGUUGACCGAAUGUACGUCGGAGGCGCUCGCAGAGAAGAAAACAUUUUAUCCUCGCAGACGGGCUUCCGAUCGACACAGCUCUCGACUGCAGACGCUGACUUCAGCAAUCUGUUCUUUGACGAAAAUGCGCCUUUCCGUGAUUCUGUUGGUGGCGUGUGCGGUGCUGGUGCCGACGCUGAACGGCGAGUUGGCGCCGCAGGAGUGUCCGAGCGCGUGCUCUUGUCACUACUACCGCGUCCACUGGGUCGCCUCCUGCUCGCAUCGCGCACUUUCGGACGUGCCUUCGGGCCUCGCCCCGACCACCUACAUGCUCGAGCUCAACGGGAACGCGCUGACCGACUUUUUUGUCGACCCGGAGGUCAAACUCCGCCGCAUUGUGCUGACCAACAACAAUCUGAAAACACUUACCAAGCGAAAUUUCAAGGGUCUUGGUCUUCUGAUUGAUGUGGAAGUCUCAGGAAACCAGUUAACCAGCAUCAGUCCUGACACUUUCCAAGGAAGCCCUGGUUUGAUCACCUUCGAAGCCAGGCGCAAUAAAGACCUCACUGGCCCUACCGAUGACUCGCCCUUCCUCGAGUCCCGCUCCUUGCAGACACUCGACCUUUGUGAUAGUGGAAUUUCGAUCAUCGGAUCAAACUUCUUCAGCAAGACUCCCUCCCUACGCAAGAUCAUCCUCUCCGGCAACCCUCUUCGCACCAUCCGCCCAGGCGCCUUUGCCGGCCUCCAAGGACUCGACGAGCUGCACCUGGCCAACACCCUGAUUUCGCACGUUGCCCCUGCAGACUUUGCACCUGACCCGCCCCUGCGUGUCCUGAACCUCAACCAAAACCGUUUGAAUGCAGACAAGCUGAAGACUUUGGUGUCUAAAUUGGUGCAUUUGGAGAAACUGGACAUCAGCCGCUGUGGCCUUACCCUGAAAGCUUCCCACGUUGGCACCUUUGCCCACUGCAACUGGCUCCAUACCCUUGACACGGCCUUCAACGACCUGAGUGGCCUCGACCUGACCAGGGCCCUGGGCAAACUCAACCACUUGGAACACCUGGAUUUGACAAGCUGUAACCUGAAUGAGAAAUCCUUCAAGAGUGACGUGCUUUCCAACCUGACGAGGUUGCGAACCCUGAAGGUGUCUGACAAUACCCUUGGGUUGAUCAACAUGACCUCGGUGCUUCAGCCGCUGUCCAAAUUACACCACCUUUCAGUCGGGAAUUGCCAACUCAGAUCCACCAAGUUCCUGCGAGAGUUGCCAAAAGUCAGGCAAUCCCUGCGCUCUCUUGACCUGUCCAGAAACCCUUUGGGUGACCAAGAGGUCAACACGGCCGGCACCAUUUUUAACCAGCUGGAGUCUUUGGACGUUUCUUACUGCGGCCUGACCACUAUUACCAAAGAUGCCUUUUCACCAGCUAAGAAUCUGAUCACUUUGGCCAUUUCUGGCAACAAAGUGCAAAUCGAGAGUGGUGCCCUGAGCGACCUGACGCGUCUGGAGAAACUCUACAUGCGAGAGUGCAACCAGAGAGGUGCUCCACCUGCGGACGUUUUCCCACCUGAGUCAAAACUCAUUGAACUCUACCUGUCAGGAAACCCACUAGAUCUUGAUCAAAAUCAGGUUGUGCCGCAGCACCUGAAGAACCUGCAGGUGCUGGACGUGUCUGAGUGCUACCUGAGGAAGAUCACGGCCAGCUCUUUAGUUGGAGCCCAAAACUUGGUCAAGCUAGAGGCCAGUGGGAACAUUUUGAGCUCUUUGGAUGACGCCCUGCCUGAUUUGGGCACUCUGGCUCCGAAGCUGGAGAUUCUGGACCUGAGGAAUUCCAGGGUGCGCAGAAUCACCCCCGAGGCAGUGGACGGAUGCAGCAGGUUGCAGGCCGUGUACCUGGAGGAAAACCCUCUGCAGUGCGACUGCUACAUGGCCAGACUGUGGCAGUGGGCCAUCUCAAAGGGCGUCGCCCUCCACGAGAGGCGGGGCAGUGCCCUGCUGAGGUGCCAGGGUCAAGCGGAACUCUGGCCCAAGCCUUUGGACUCGCUUAUCUGCUAAUAGUGUGACGUCAGUAGUGUUGAGUGUGUGUGUGUGUGUGUGAUUUUCCAUUUCGCGCGCGACGAGAGAGUGAUGCGCUUGAUGUAAAUAUAAUUGACCCAUUUAUCAUCGCGGCGAAUCGGCCCCUGUAGCAGCUUUGACGCGUGACCGCAGACUUUGGUCCAGCGAUCCUCACUGAAGUGCUGAAUUUUUUGUAAUAAUAAGCUUUAGAGAUCCCAAUGAUGAAUUUUGACUUUGGUGUAAAAAUGAUCGCCAAAUUUGUACACUGAAAGUGUGAAAUAACAAAAAAAAAUUAAAUAAAUUGUUUUUAUAUUUUUGUUAA